AUGGCUUUACAACUUCUCAAGCGACCUCGGCCUUUGCCGGCAUUUCGGGAUGAAGAAAACGGAAUUUACGCCCAAUGGAAGAUUAAAGGAUUUUUCUACAGAAAAAGCGGUCUUCCAAAAAUGUCCGUAAAAGGAACAGCUCGUGUAAAGUAUUCGCAACUUAUCGUUGAGGGUAAACUUCCACAUUUUCAAAUUUCUACAAAUUUGGUUAAUAUUGGGUAUGUCGAACACGUUGAUCAAGAUAUUCUUGACGUGCGUGGCUGUGAUUUUCGCCUUCUUAUUUUCGGCGUACAGUAUGUCGAGAUAAUACGAGACUGGUUACGAUUUUUGGUCAUCCGUCAAAGAAUACCUCACUCGCUUCUUGGCCUACCGUUUGAUUGGCAGGUGAAACCUGUUAAAGAUGACAAAGAAUUGAAAAUAUCGAAAAUUUCUCCGUUUCAGUGUUUCAAAAUUUGGUGA